GCUGCAGCCUCGCCGCCAGCGCCAGCGCCAGCCUGCACUGCUGGACCAGGACCAGGACGCGGGCGGCUGGAGCUGCGGCCGGCUGCGCCGCCUGCGCAGGCCGGGCCUGCUCCGCCCCCACUCCACCGGCUCCACAGCCUCCUCCUCCUCCUUCUCCUCCGUCUCUUCCACCUCCACCGCCGCCACAGCCACUUCCACGUCGUCUUGGUCGUCGUCGUCGUCUCCGGAGCCGCUGCUGCCCGCCAGUCCGCUCGCUGACCUGGAGCCAGGCGUGCCGCUGCUCGAGCUCGCCAUGGCGUGGCACCCCGUCACCAGGCGGACGGCGAAGAUCGCCAGGGAGCUGUACUCUGCGUGGUCGGGCAGAGUCGGGGCCAACGCCUUCAUACCUUCGGAGAAAGUUCAACAGCUCUUCAACGACAUGCAGCUCUACCCUUCCAAGUCGGAAGUGUUGGAGAUGCUGCGGUGCGCCCAGCAGUGCGCCCACCGGAGCACGCCCAACUACCUCACCUUCGGGGAGUUCUGCGUGUUCGCCACAGAGCUGAAGCGGUGCGUCGACAAAGGACUUUCGCGGCCCGCCCAGCUGUCUCGACUUCUCGAGAGGGACGGCGAGGAGAAGAGGAGAACAAGAAGAAAAGUCUCAAAGGGACUUCCAAAACCUGAAGUGUUUUUGGGAGGUUCGUGUAAUCCAACAACUUGGCGACAGGAUGUCGCAAUACCUCUUUUGAAAGACCUUGGCAUCACUUACUACAACCCCCAAGUUUCUGACUGGGCCCCAGAGCUGAUUGAGAAGGAACAUAUUGCUAAACAAAAUGCAGCAAUUUUGUUAUUUGUCAUUGACAAUCAGACGAGGAACACUGCAUCGACGGUGGAGGUUGCGUUCUUUUCAGGCCUGAGGAGGAGCCUCAUGCUUGUCGUGGAGCCUUACCCACCCUCAGGAUGUGAGAUUGGCGGCGAGACAUUAUCAGAUGAUGAGCUGGAGGAUCUUGCAGCAGGACAGCAAGCAAUGCAAGUAUUAGCAGAAAGACAAGAAAUACCUGUCUUCCGUAGUGUAUCUCUUGCAGUGAAUGGCAUAGCAAAGGUAUUAUGGAAAAAUGUUUCAGUCCAUGAACUUCAGUCUGUGAAGAGCUCUCCCCAGAUAAGUGACAGACUAAUGAAACUUAGAGAAGCCUUUGAUGCUGUUGAUUUGGAUAGAACUGGAGAAAUCAGUCUUAAAAAUGUCCGUCUUGCAUUUUGGAUACUUAACAACAGAAACCUACCUCUGUCUGAUUUGCGAUCUGCAGGUGUUUUGGAGAAAGAAGCAAAAGAAAAUGUACCAUUCGAAAAUUUGCGAGUUAACUUUGACCAAUUUUGUGCAAUUGUUGCGGAGUUCAAGACUAACCAAGAAAGGUGGAACCCCUCACCAGUUCGAUCAAUGAAAUCUGUUUCACCAAGUUUUAUCACUAAUCAGCAGUUAAGUUAUGAUGUAUUCCUGGGUGGAUCAACUGAGAACACGACAUGGAGAGAUGAUGUGGCUAUUCCCUUAUUGAAAAAUCAUGGUUUGAAGUAUGUCAUGCCUCCAUCAAGUCAGUGGACAAAACAAAUGCUACAUUCUUCAGUAAACCUUGCAGAUAGAAGCCGUGUUCUUCUUUUUGUCAUCACUAAUACAUCAAGGUCUUUGGCAGAGCUCUGUAUGGUAGCUUAUUGCAUUGGUCUUGGGUUUGAUGUUGUACUAUACAUUGAACUACUGACAGAACAAUCUAUUAUUAAUGGCAAAGAGAUAUCAAAAUCAGCUGUUAAGGACUAUAAUCGAGGGCGCAUGUACCUAAAAGAUUUAGCAGUGCGAGAGGGAGUGCCUGUGUUCGAUUCUAUUUCCGUAGCUGUAGAAUUUGCAGCAACCAAGUGCCUGAAGUCAAGUACGAACCUUUAAGCUGUUUAGACCAUGAAUUAGCUGACCAUCUAAAUUCAUUGUGGUUUCUACUGAAUACCUGAUGACAUUCGCUUAAGUUUCAUCAUCUUGCUUAUGUAAAAUCUGACAUCUUGAACUUCUUUAAAAUGUUCAGACUUUUACCUGAUGUUGAAGACAGAUUUCCUCUGUGAUUUCAAUUAUUUAGUGUUAUUUCUCAUAUUCACCCAUCCAGUACAUUUAUAGAAACAAAUUUCAUGUUUCACUUGAGUGGAAGCAUUUAUGAAUGAAUGGUUUACUAGGAGUCUUGAAUGAUUUUAAAUAAUUUAUUGUGUUUUUGAAACUAUGUGAUUGUAAUUAUGUGUGUGUGUACAUGUGAAAGAGUUAGUUGUGGAUCUUGUAUUUUUAGUAUGUAAGGUAUGUCUCAAUUAGUAUGGAUGCGUUUGUGUUUCAUGAGUGUGUGAGUGUGUGUGUGUGUGUGUGUGUGUGUGUUUGGUCUGUCUGAAUUUCAUGAAUUACCUCUAGAGCUGUUUUGAAACAAGUUGGCAUAGUAACUAUUGAAAUAAGAUAUGUUCGGUGUAUAUUUUUAUAUUUUUCCAAAUGAACUUGACUUAUUGUUGUGCAUAGAACAAUUUUGCCUGAUUUUUAAAAAAAAUGCAUUCUUUUGUAAGCUUGGAACUUAAUGCAGUUUUGUACUGAAACCUUACAGUGUUUUCACAAUUGAUUUUGGAUCUGAGUCCUAUUUUGUAUAUGGGCAAACAUGUAAAUUGCCUUCAAUUUUUGAGCAUGGUCUGUGCUUGUUGCUUUAUGUUAAAUGCAUUUCUGAUAUAUUUAUGAGAUUUUCAGGUAUUAUGACCUGUGCACUAAAUUUGCGUAAGUGUUGUCUGUAUCCUACAGAUCAAAGUAUACGCAUAGUGAGUAAUUAAGAGCUGUGGUCUCUACUCUCUACUUACAUUGAUUUGCUCAUUGAGAAAUACAAUCUAAUGAAAUGUUGAGGUAUCAUACUAUGGUUCCUGGGAGAAUCAUGACCAUGAAAUUAUGUUUGUUGUCUCCUCUGCCUUAGCAUUGUAUAAGUAUCCUAACUUCAAUCAAUCCUCUAAGAAGGUUAAGAAAGUUAAUGUUUCAAAUGCUUUUACUAUUUCUAUGUUGUGCUCAUUCUCAUGGAGCUCCUUUACUAAAAACCUAGGUGGAACUUGCAUUUUAUAUCUAAUUUGCAUUGCGUAAGCAUUACUAGACUUCCAUAACAAAAGAUAUUACGCAAGACAUUUAUGGUUAUUCAUUUUCACAUAAUUCUUUGGAGUAAAAAUGAGUCUUGGUUAAUCAAAGUGGUUACUUAUGAAUUUAAAGCUGUAGAGAAUCAACCACCAUUUAUAACAUGCGUACUAAUCAAAUUUUGUUUUUCAAUUUGAACUCUCAAAUAAUUAGAAAUGAUUUUGGGUACAGUUCAGUCUAUUUUUAUUGUUCCGAUGAAUUGUGAAACUGUAAUUGGUCUGCCAUAUUCUCUGGAAUUCCACAGUUAUUGACACUUAAUCACACAAACUGCAUGUGUCACAGACCAUUUAUUAGUGAUAGUGUGAUAGUAUAUCUGGGCUCAAUUUGAAUGGAUGUAACUCUGAUGAGUAAAUCAUUUUUACUUUUCUUGUUCUGACUCUACAUCUGUAAUAAAUAACAAUUUUAUACCUGAAGAAGAGCUUAAUUUAAAUAAAUUAUGACCUAGAUCUUUAAGUUAAAAGUUUGUGCUCACUCUCACUGUUGCCAUUGUUUUAUGAAUAAUAAUAAAUUCUAAUAGUAAUGAAAAAAUAGAACUGGAAAUAAUAUUUGAAUUUGCAAAGAAUUAUUAAUGAAUUCAAUCAGUUUUCUUCCAGAAAGUUUACACUACCCAACCUUUUCAUGAAUUAGCACUGAACUUGGUGUCCUAUUAAAUUUGUCUUUUCAUUGAACUGAGAAAGGUCUAAUCUAUUUUGAGCUGUAUCAUUUCUGUAAGCUAACUUGACCAUUUUGAAAAUGUACACAAUGUACCAUUUUACCAACAGACUACUAUGUGUGCUGACAAAUGUAUACCAUAGACCAAAACUUCCUGUGAAUUUGCAAGAAAUGAAGCACAAACUGGGAAACUCCAUUGCUGUUCUGAAAUGCCUUCACUCGUUGACAAAAUUUUCAAAGGAGUACUAAUCCAACCAGGCGAGUUCCGUAAUAUUUCUGUUGAUACUUUUAUAAUUUCUUUUAAAAAUUACUACUUCUUAGCUUGGCUGUGAUCUUAGCAAAGCAUUGAUUAUCACUAAAAUGCUGCGUAUAUUAAUCUAUUUGUACAUUAAUAAUUAUUAAUAAAAUGAACCUCUA